CUCGAAGGCGGCGGGGGGGGCGCCGAGCGCCGGGAAUUCCCCGCAGUGGCGGAGGCUGAGACCGCGGCCGGGCCGGCGGGGCGGGGGGCGAUGGGCGCCGGAAGGGCCCCGAGCGGACACCGCGACGGGCGGCGCUGCCUCCCCGCCGAGCCGAGCGCCCGCCGCUGACCCGUCCGGCCCGGCCGGGCCUGGAGAGCUGUCAUGGAGGAGUUGGUAGAGGAUGACAUCUGUAUUUUGAACCAUGAAAAAGCAGACAACUCUCACAAGAGAGACAGUGAUAUUCCUGUUUCAUCCUAUAGUGGAGAUGAGUCUGUUGCCUCACACUUUGCACUUGUCACUGCAUAUGAAGAUAUCAAGAAACGACUAAAGGAGACAGAGAGGGAGAACUCCCUCUUAAAAAAAAGAGUGAGAAUUCUAGAAGAGAAGCUGCUUGGCUCCCGGCGGGAAGAGGAAUGCAGCUCAGUUGGGCGUGAACAAGUGAAUAAGGCAUACCAAGCCUAUCGAGAGGCCUGCAUCGACAGAGAUAACUUGAAAAGCAAGCUGGAAAAAAUGGUGAAAGAAAGUGAGGAAUCCUUGAAAACCUUGAACGAACAGUUGCAGUCUAAAGAAGUAGAGCUGUUACAACUGAAAACUGAAGUGGAAACGCAACAAGUGAUGAAAAGUUUGAAUUGUACUCAGGCCAACUGGGAAUUAGAGAAGCUGAACUGUGACCUUAAAGUUCAUAGUUUGGAACAGGAUCUAGAAAAACUCAAGGAAGAGUGCAACAGUCUCAGGAAGGAGUUGCAAAAAUCCAAGCAGAAGGACCAGGCUCAAGAUGAAAAUCCAUUGAGUGGAGACCACCUUCAAAGGCAAGGUAUCCAGAGUGUGCAACAAGCAUAUUGGGAACUGAAGAGAGAAAUGUCUAAUUUGCGCCGAGUGACUGAUGUGCAAGCUGAGGUUCUACGAAAACUGAAAAGGAAUCCAACAGCAACCAAUAAAGCUGCCCCUACUGUACCGGUACAAUGUGUAGAAUCGAACAUUUCAAAGCUGAAUUUGACAUCUGGGGUAGUCUAUAAAAACCUCUCACAGAACAAUAAAGACUUCUGCAACGCUGUGUCUACCCCUCUGCUGAGAGAUGUCCACAUCCCAUCGGAAAGGGUGACUCUACAAGCAUGGGCAGAUGAGAGACCCAUUCCAGUUGAUGGCAAAACGUUUCAGGAACACCAUUCUUACGGAAAGAGCUCUCUGGAAGAUAAUUCCUGGGUAUUCCCAAGUCCUCCAAAGCCUAAUGAGAAUACGUUUUGGGAAAUUAAAAAUAACCCAACUUUGUUAAACUGCCCAGCAGAUUACCUGGAUCAGUGUAAUCAAAACUGUCUGCACAAGAGUUAAACAAUUUUUUGAAUGAUUCUGAAUAGGCACCUUAACGCUUGAACUUUUUAAGACAGAAAAGAAAUUGCUUGAAAUGUUCUUUCUUUAUUUUUAAUUCUAGUUCUGAAACAGAAGCCUAGUCUUCCUCUGCUGUUAAUCAGGAGUAAGUUCCUUGAUGUUAAAGCUGUGCUGGUAUAAUGCAAAAAUAAAGAAAUCUAGCAUGGGGCCUAGAUAGUCUUGUACUGCAGAUGACAUACAUUUGCAAAAGGUUACACUGAAAAGUGAGUUGAUGGAAUAAAACAAAAUAAUUCAGUUCUGUAUUUGUUUGCUAUUUGUAUCUUAUCAAGAAAAUAUUUGGUAUCUGAUGUUAAAACUUGUACCAGCUCUAAGGUGACUUUUUGAUGGUGUCCUUUUUCAGAAGAAGACAUAAAAUGAAGAACUAGAUUAUCUUUCCCUUCCUCCUUUCAACUAACUUUCUGAUUCCUCUGUUUUUAGAAAUGCAUUUUUAUGUAAUCUUUAGCCAAGAAAGGUGAGAUUCAUUUUUUUU